AUGAAUAAAGACGGCAUUAUUAAAGAUUAUUAUAUCGAGCCGGCUAAGGUGCCAGUGGUCAAUUUCCAAUUGCUCAACUCCUCCAACAAAGCAGAAAGACAUGCUGCCAUCGAGCUACUGGACGCGGCAUUUAGAGAAUGGGGGUUUGUCUAUAUUUCCAACCAUAGUAUCUCUUCGGAGAAGGUCGAUCUAGCCUUUGAAUGGUCCCGACGUUUCUUUGCUCAGUCCUCUGAGACUAAGGAAUUGAUCGCUCACCCUCCUAGCGGUGAGAUUGACGACAAUCGUGGCUGGGCGAAGACUGGAUUGGGGCAUACUGUCCAAAUGGUUUUCGAUGCCGAUGAGGCAGAAGAGUUUCGACAGAAGAAUCCUGACUAUAAGGAAACCCUAGAGUUAGGAAACCCUUUUUCCGAUGAAGUUCCUCCAAAUAGAUGGCUUCCAGACCACCUCUUACCUGGGUUUAAAAAUUUUGUCGAGUCCUGGUGGACAGAUUGUGCUACACUUGCUCAUAGCCUUUACGGGUCUGUUGGGGAGGCACUGAAGCUGCGCAACGAGGACUAUUUCUGUCGAAUUCACUCGAAGGAUGACUGCCAUAUGACCUGGAACUUCUAUCCAUCCAUGCGCCUGCAAGCGUUGCACUCUGCCGACGCCAAGCGCCUCAACGCGCAUACCGAUUUCGGGACAUUAACCAUCGUGUUUCAAGAUGCGGUCGGUGGCCUCGAGGUUCAUGACGGCCAUAUGUUCCGUCCCAUCGUGCCGAUCCCGGGCGCUGUAGUCGUCAACGUGGGAGAUAUGCUCGAGCAACAGUCGAAUGGGCAAUGGAAGAGUGCGUUGCAUCGAGUGGUCGGUCCGGCGAAUUUGAUGAAGCCGGGAAGCGUUCAAGAUGGAGACCAGGAUAAUGCUAUUGAUAGGUAUUCUUUAGUUUACUUUGGCGUCCCUAACCCGAGUGAGAAGAUUGAGAUAGCCCCGGGAUGCGAAGAGCCCGGGAAAUGGAAACCGAACAUGAGUGGGGACUGGGGCAAGCUCUCGGCGAGGCAGUGGAUUGAAAAGCGGCUUGCGGUUGAGUACUAA